AUGAGCAUUUUGUUGUUAUUGCUCAUUGUUAUUGUUAACAAACCCAAUCAUAAUUAAUAUAUAGUUUUGAUUGACACAGAUUCAGAAACAAUAAGUAAUAAAAUAAAUUGCACUUAUCAAUAAUUGAAUAAUCAUUAUAAUCAUGCUGAUUCUAGUUUAGCUCACUUUCAUAACUAAUAAAAUGUACUUCAUUUUGUUGUACAGGAUUAAGCAUUAUAGAUUAAAGAAGAAUAUUUAGAAUGCGCUUUAUUUCAGUUAUAUGAAAAUCAUUUAGGUUCAGUCAUUAUAAUUCCAAUAAAUUCUUUAAAAGGGUUCAGUCAAAAUAUUUCUGACCUCUUUUUUAAAAUUACUGAGAAAUUUAAUAUAAUAUUUUACAUAGCUUAGCAUCCUAUGAAUAAUUCAAAUAUAUAGAAUAAUGAAAAAAUUAGCUAUGUAAGAAGAGAAAAACAAAUUUCUUCUUCUGAAUUAUCAGUUCGUUUAGGUAUAGAAACAAUUCUUUGA